ACUUUCAGUUCUCUCAAGCUAGCCUAAUAAUGAAGACUUGUUUAAAAUAUUUCCUACUAAUCAUGUUAAAUCUUUUGAUAGUAGCAGCAUUUCAAGAUGAAGCAAUUUUCGAAGAUGAAGAUAUUUACAAUCGAGCUUUGCCACCACUUCCAUAUUCGGGAAUGACAGUUCCCGGUACCAAAUGGUGUGGUCCAGGAAAUACUUCGGCAAAUUAUGAUGAUUUGGGAAGAUUUCGUGAAACGGAUAAAUGCUGUCGGGCUCAUGAUCAUUGUCCAGAUACGAUUGAAUCUGGAAGCACAAAAUAUUCACUCUUCAAUCCGGAUAUGUUUCCAAGAAUGAAAUGCGAAUGUGAACAAGAAUUUCUCAAUUGUCUACAAAAUGCCAAUGAUAUGGCCGCAAGUACAGUGGGUCGCGCAUAUUUUAGUGCAAGGAGCAUUUGUUUUAAAUACACUUUUCCAAUGUUACGAUGCACGGAAUAUAUGGAAGGAACAUUUAGCCGAAGAUGUGUCAAAUACAAGUUUAACAUAAAUAAACCAUUUAAGUGGCAAUUUUUUGAUGUACCUUAUUAUACAGCAAAGAAAUAAAUGUACAUUAGCAAUAAAAUUGCA